AGUCCAGUCCAGUGCAGAACAAUGACAUUAUGACAUAGCAACGUAGUUUACGUAGUCAUUCAGCACACGGGGUUUCUCUAUUGUCAGUUUUUCAUGUUUCCAACGGAACAAGAUUCGUGUUUUUAGUUUUUGGUGAAUUAGUGAUCGCACAUGGUGUUUAUAAAAUGUCGUUAGAAUGUUGCCAACGGUUACGGGUCAUGUGGGAACUCAACUUCCGUUAAGACGGGCAUUAUUGUAACGUCAAAAAACCUUGAGGCAGAUGUUUUGAAAUCAGGUUAUUCUCUUCUCUCAACCAAACCGUUCUUUAUGUCCAAAAUUUGAUUGUGGUUGAGUGUAGGCCCUAGAUUUCGUAAAACUGUAUAAAAGGCAUAAUCCCACUGUGUAGAUUAGUGAUUUUUUUAAGUGCCACCAGUAUACCAGAGAAGGAAUUAAAAUGUUGCAGUGCAAAACAUCUUGUGAUGGUCUACUUCAGUUGGAACAUGAAGUUCUGGAAAGCAUCGUUCAUAAGGAAAAUGUUAUGGAUGUGUAUGAAGUGGACCCAAAAACCCCACUUGGCAGAGGUAAAUAUGCAACAGUCUGCCGAGCAGUGCACAAAAAAAAUGGCACCCACUACGCGGCAAAGUUUGUCAAAAAACGGCGUCGAAACCAGGACCAGAUGAAGGAAAUUAUACACGAAAUAGCUGUUUUAAUGCAGUGUUCAUCCACCAACAGGGUUAUACGGCUACAUGAAGUAUACGAAUCGUCCACAGAAAUGGUUUUGAUCCUGGAACUGGCCGCUGGCGGCGAGCUCCAACACAUCCUGGACAGCGGGCAGUGCCUGGAUGAGCCCGAAGCCCGUAAGGCUAUGAGACAGAUCCUGGAGGGCGUGUUGUACUUACAUGAUAGAAAUAUUGCUCAUUUGGACCUGAAACCUCAAAACCUACUGCUCUCGGAGCGGGAGAGCUGCGAGGACAUAAAAUUAUGCGACUUUGGCAUUUCGAAAGUUUUGCAACCCGGCGUUACGGUGCGAGAAAUAUUAGGUACCGUAGACUAUGUUGCACCAGAAGUGUUAAGUUACGAGCCAAUAUGUCUGUCAACGGACAUUUGGUCAGUCGGCGUACUGGCCUACGUGAUACUGUCCGGUUUUAGCCCCUUCGGGGCUGACGACAAACAACAAACUUUCCUUAACAUAUCGAAAUGUGCUCUCACCUUCGAACCUGAAUCAUUUCAGGACGUUUCCAGUGCAGCCAUAGAUUUUAUUAAAAGUGCCCUUAUCGUCGACCCUAGAAAGAGGCCGUCAGUUCACGAGCUCUUGGAUCACCCGUGGAUUUCCCUAAAAGUAUCCCCUCCAGCGACGUUAUCCUUAAAACCAUCCACCGAUAUAACCCCAAAAUCGACACCAAUCCAACAACGAAAGAGCCUCAGUUGCAUCACUGAGUCCACCCAGUGCAAAUCGACCAAAGACUUUCAAACAAAACCGAAGCGCAACACGUUAAGUAGUUUCUCCAACUGUCUCUGUCCCCAGUGCGGCGCUGCUUGCAGACACCUCACGCAGCCCACCGUUGCCAAGUCGACCAUUAGUAUUGAUAGGGGGAUUUUGUGUUAAAAAAAAAACAGGUUGUAUUUUUUUUCGGUUGACAAGUUGUUUGACAUUUACCUGUGUUCUUUAUAGAGGAAUUUAUUGUGAAAUUUAAUUGAUAGGGCGUAUUUAUUAUGUUGGGCCAAGCGGUUUGAUGCACAUCAAAUUAGAGUUGGGGUUUGACUUUAGUUUUUAUUUAUUUUUUUUGAUUAUUUGACUUGUUUUUAACGUCGUCUUAGCACCUUAAUUUUAAUAUUUGAUUAGGAAAGUUGUUUCUUUUUAUUGCAUGACAUCGACGCGCCAUCACUUUAUUGAACACAUCACAUUAUAUAUUGACCAUCUUAAAUUUAUACAUAUAAAAAAAUACUGCCUUAGGUUGGCCAGUGCAGUUAAUUAAUUAAACCUGCAUAUUUUCUUUUAAAUAAAUAUUGUUGGUUCAUUAAUGAUUAAAAAAUGUGAGGUUUAGUUUCAUUUUCUGCAUUAUUAGUUUCAGUUAUAUUAGAAUAUUAUUUUUGGUUUUUAAACCCUCAUUAAAAGACCAUAUUUUCUAAAAAAUAUGCCUUUAAUAUCACCAUAAGUUAUUUAAGGAAAAUUCUUAUGAAUUCAAAAUUAAUUGAUUGACACCAAACUGGAUGUGUAUACUUAAUUUACAAAUCCAUUUUCUAAUCAAACACAUUCCAAACUAAACCAAAACUGCCAAAUUUAUGACAUUCCAAAAAUGCACAAGUCUGAUUUUUUACCAAGACUGAUUUUUAUCAAAAACGACUAAAAUUUUUUUAUAACCAUGUUGAGAUGCCUCGAUCUACUUAAAUUAUUACCCCAAAAUACACGCAUAAACUAAGAAAUCAUAAUUUCUAUUUUAUUCGGACACAAGCGUAAAAUCGCGGUAUUGUUUGUAAGUUUUUAAUUUACUUGGCAUGUACUAAUUUGAUGUGCAUACAAAUGCUACAGGGUAAAUUAAAUAAUUUAUUUAAAAAAAAAAACGAUAUUUCUAUAUUAUUAAUUUAUAAUUUUGUUAGUGUUAUGGCAGAAUUAUGCAGCAAGUAAAAUAAGAGUUGAUAGUGCGCGAAUCUUCAGGGUAAGGAAUAAUAUACAUCUAUUUAGUUUCUUAUACUGCUUACUUGAACCCCAGUGAAUUUAAAUAUUUCGCAUUAUCCAGUGAUUUAUGUCAGUAAAUCUACUUAUUUAUCCUUGAGAAGUCCUCGCCACUAUCAAUUUUUUUAUUUUUUGUUUAUUUUAUUUACUGCCUAAGUCCGCCCCUAUUAGUGCUAUUCACCAAAUAGAAAUAAACGGUGACGAGGUAAGUAACACACAAGUGGUUCUCUGUUUAUGUCGUUUUUACGUAAUAUUAGGAUCAUUGAGUCAAUUAACAAAAUUUUUAUAUUUUAAUUUUAUUAUACUUCUAGUAAGGUGUAAAUAGGUAAAUAAAUAAAUGAGAUUGUCUGAACGUUUCGCUUUUGUCAACCAAGAGAGUCAAAUAUAUUUCAAUAGUUAAUGUUAUUA